AUGUCCAAGCCCGGUUUUGACCCCAACGGCCGCCCGCUUACUGUUGCCGCGGCCAAGAGGGAGAUCAAUCGGAUUCGAAGCGAUCGAGGCCACAUCGACGCGUACGAUGAAGACCAGAUUGCCCGGACGGAUGUUGAAUUCCAGGAAAGCUACAGGCGCAAAUCGUCACAACUCCGCGAGGUGUACGCACGAUAUACAAGGACGGUUGCCGAACAGCUCUACUCCUCCAGGUUCAGACUGAUUCAUGAGCUGUUGCAGAACGCAGAUGACGCCCGUUAUGCGCAAAGCGUCGUUCCCACAAUUACUUUCCGCGUCACGCCUACAGAAUUGGUCGUGGAGUCGAAUGAACUUGGUUUUUCGCUCAUGGAUGUCGAAUCCAUCUGCGACACUGGAAAGAGCUCCAAGAUUGGCGAUGCUGACACUACCGGUGAGAAAGGUCUGGGAUUCAAGUCCGUAUUUGGCAUCGCAAAUAACGUUCACAUCCAAUCCGGAAAGUGGUCCUUCCGGUUUAUGCACCGAAGAGGCGACGACGGUGUGGGAAUGAUCACCCCAGUCUGGACCGAUGCGCCAUCCGACUUGCCCUCGGGGGUGGGAACUAGAUGCAAGCUCCAGUACUCGGAUACUCGCGAGAGCUUCUCCAGGCGACUCGUUUCGGAAUUCGAAAAGCUCCCCAAGACCAUCAUCUUCGCUUUACGUCAAUUGAGCCGGCUGGUCGUGGUCCGUGAGAACGUUGAUGGUCGAUCUGGCCAAAUCACCUUCACCAAGGAUGGGAGGUUGGAUUCGGCUGAGAUGCACAUCGAUACCCAGGUGAUCGGCCACUUUGGUGACCAUGGAUCUGAGAAGACACGGCUCAGGUUAUUCCAGACGACUGUUCGCGACAUGCCGUUCGAGGCCCAACGGACUGCUCUGCCCUCCACUAUCACCAUAGCAUUCGAGGUAGACGCCAAGGGUUUGCCCGUUAUUCCUACCCGGGGACAACAUGUGUUUGCCUAUCUCCCUGUUCAGCGUUUGCCGCAACUGCCUUUUCUUAUCCAAGCAGACUUCGUGCUCGCCGCCAACCGCGAGGCAGUGCCAGAUAGCGAGUGGAACCAAGCUCUGCGCGAUGGAGUGGCUCAAGCAUUUGUUGCCUUCGUCAGGAAGCUUGUCACUCGUGGUGAUUCGUUGGAAUUCAAGUGGAUGCGCUACUUGCCUGUACAACCCAUGGAAGGCUUCUGGGAAGACCUCUCCGAAGACAUUAAAGAAUAUCUGCAGGAUAAGAAGGUUGUGCGAUCCUGGUGCGGUGACCUUCGCACGCUCGCAUAUUUGAGGUUUCUUCCUUCCUGGUUCUUGUACGAGCAAGAGCCACUGCUGCCGGACAAUUAUCAAGAUAUCUACUUGUCCCCAGAGUACGAAAAAAUGGACCUCGAUCGUUUGAAGGAUCUUGGUUUGAAGCGAAUUACUUCUCGAGAAAUCGUGGCGAGACUAGCCGAAGUUCGACUCGAUGAGGAACCUCUGGAUGAUCCCUGGCACACAGCCGUUGCAGCUCUCGUAGAGAGGCUACUGCAGAACCACGCCGUCAAGGCCGAAGUUCAGCUAUUGGAUAUCAUUCCACUCAACGACGAAAGCUGGGUUUCGCUUUCGUCCUUGCGUGCUGAACCUGUCUACUUCCCCUAUCUCGUCGACGAAGAUUCAGUGAGGAUCGAGCUACCCGAAGGUCUCGGUCUAAGAAAGCUCCAUCCAACAGCCGCUGCAGACGGGGAGCGCGGGGGCAUCUACAUGAGGCUCGGAAUUAGCUCCUGCCAUCAUGAAACAGCAAUUUCCAAAAUCUUGGAUGCGCAUCUAGCGAAUGUGCGGCGCGGAAACGUGUACGAUUUCGUGAGAGAUUCAGAGAUCCUCUUCUGGUUUGGCAGACCUGAAGAGAAGGAAGGUGGCGGAUUAUUUGGGAGACAAGCACCCCACAAGGAUAUCCGGUUCGUGAGCACCCUAAGAUCACUACAUCAGGGUCGGUCUCUAUUCCUCCCUUCAGAUGAGGAGUACCACGCCCAGAAACUUCUUGCCGAGAGCCCAAGUACGGAUUUUACUGGCUUCGGAUUUCUCAAUCCGCUAUAUUUGAAGUCACAGGUACGAGAUAAGAUUCGCCACCAAUGUGACUGGUUUUCUUGGCUGCGAAAAUGCGGCAUGUCGUACUUCCCUCGACUGAAUGUGUGGACAUCAAGUGGUUACUCCCUGAGCCCACCUAUGAAGCUCAUAGCGAGGGACAAUCCGGUUAAAUUCGUACCAAAUCUCAGAGAACAUUGGUCUGACUAUCAGGUUGGUUCAAUCUCGGUUGAGAAAGAAUUGAAAUGUCUUCCUGUGCCAUGUCAGGACGGAAGCAAAAAACCGAUGAGUGAGAUAAUUCUUCCCACUCAAGAGCUUCUUGAGGAAGCUCAGCAGCUGAAUAUGGAACACAAACUACCAUUUUUGCAACUACCUGCCGGGUGCAAGAUUCAAACUCCCGAGUCUUGGUCUUUUCUGAAAGAGUUUGGCAUGAUUUGUGAUUUAAAUGCUGCGUUCUAUCUAGCGGGAAUACGUCUACUAAGCUUGUCAAGGGAGGAGCAUUUGAUCUCGGUCUGUUCGCGUAUCUACGCUGGUAUUGUCAAAAGCACGCCUAUCGGAGAUGCCGAAACAUUGCAGGCAAGUUCUCAUCAGCCACUGGUGCGCACACGCACAACAUUGGAGACAUGGUGCAAAUCAGCCGAUUGCGUCUGGGAAGGGCCCGAAUUCCUCCACGCCAAAAACGUCCUGUAUCCUGUGUACGGAGCUGAUCCAAAUGCUUCUACAUUCUUCAAGACAUUCCUGAAUAUGCGUAACGCAGAUCACAAGGAUCUGGUCGAUGAGCUUACAUUGCUCUCGGAUGGGCAACUGGAUGGGAUGUCGCCUUCGUUCGAAGAAAAUUUGCAAGUGAUAUACACUAGUCUAGCCGAUAUGGCACGCUCUGAUGCCAUCGUCGACUUUAUACGUAGAAAUGAAUUCAAUGCGCGAGGUCUCAUUUACGCCAGAGGGAAGUGGUGGAAACCCUCGGAGUGCCUAUGGAAUUGCAGAAUCGAGAUCUCUGGACGUGUGCCGCUCGAGCAGACUUACCCCAAACUUAAGAACUUUUUUGUCGAUAAGAUGAAAGUGAUGCCCAUGAGCAUUAAUGUACUUGUCCAAGAACUCUCGAAAAUUACGAAUAAGGCUGAUCCAGACUUCGACGAACACAAGCGUAUCAUGCUCGAAAUCGGACAACUCUUGGCAGCCAACCCAGCUACAGAGGUCAACGGAGAGUAUCUCGACCGACUUAAAAAGACGGCCUUUCUUCCUGUCCGUACCCCAGAUGGCAUGAGGCUAUCCUCACUAACAGAGAACUUCUGCAUCAACGAUCAUAAGCGAUAUGGAGAUGCCUUCAGAAACAAGACGGGGAUGUUGGACUUCGACUAUGAAGAUUUGACAUCUUUGCACCCGUUCUUCGAACUGCUGAAAAUAGAGCAUCGAUAUUUAUCAAGCCUUGUGUCAGCUCAAACCACCGUCGGGAGCUUCAGUCCGAGCGGAGAUCUCAAGAGACAUAUCAGAGACCGUGCGUACGCCAUGUCCUGUUGUGCCAAUGCCUCCAACAGCCCCAAAUUCUAUAACCGGAACACAUCAAUACACCGGUUACUACAAAACGCCGAAGUCUUUGUCUGUGAGAACAUGUGGACGGAGCUCACUUUGAAACAAGAGCAUGGUAGUAUUUCCCUCAGAAGUGACAGGGCAGUCGUCAAAGUAGAGCAGUCUGACGAGGCGCUGGCUAUAUAUGUUCCAGAUGACAACGACGGUCUCUAUUCUUGCUUUCACACUGAGCUUCCUGGAGAGCUUACCAAGUUUCUGGGAAUUGAAGACCGAGGGAGGAUGAAGACUAUUUACCGAAUACUUAACGACGUGGAGAGGGACUUGGACACGAUCAUGGGGGACGAGGACAUCCCAGGUUAUUCAUGGAUCGACAAGCCACCAACAUUACCGCAGCCUUUGCAAGUUCCCGUCGCCCCAAGGCGCAGAGAGUCGGUCGAAAGUGAUUCAUCUAUGUCCACACAUUUGUCCCUCCAAGAAGAUCUACAUGUCGACAGACCGGUUACUCAAGCACCUGUGUGGCAGCACGUGGCACGCACCGAGCUAUAUAAGAAGCUUCUUCGUGAAGUUGUGCGACAAGCGAGACGGAUUGGGGAUGCUAGCACGUCAUCGCUGUCCCUGACUGAAAUCGAAGAAGCUCUCAAUGAACUCGAAAACCCACUUAACUAUGAUGAAUUACGUCGAGAAUUGGCGACUUACGGCACGUUCGAGGAAAAUGCUCGAAUAGGAGCAGCCGGAGAAUUAUUUGUAAGUUAUGCCUGCGAAGGGUUUUAUGAGCGCGCACUAAAUUUCAUGAUUUGCGAGGUAUUCGAACUUCUGAAAGCACGGCAUGUCUCGAACUUCACGAUCGAUAACUGGCGGAGUUCCAUUCGUUAUUUAGUCAGCGUGCUCCCUGAGUACGCGGAAGAAGCGGCUUGGACUGGACGCGAAAUCUCAGAUAUCAUGUACAAAGGCAACUGCUCGCAUCUCAUGGAUUUCCUGAGACAAAAUACGGUACAUCCAUAUCCACCGUGGCUCGACUCCAGCACCUCAGCAUUCCCCGUGCAGUAUCAUAUCGAAGUCAAGACGACCCCUGGACCGUGCAGCACGCCAUUCUUCAUGAGUGAAAAUCAGUACAAAUUGAUGCGAGACAAGGCCUGCAACCCUCAGUCAAGGACAGCGCCAGCGGACCUUUUUGUCAUUAUCAGGGUCUUCAAUCUAUUCUCCAGAAAUAUCGGCAUACAAGCCUAUGUAAACCCAUGGCAUCUUAGGGACACUGUCUUGGAAUUCGUAGCGGACCCUUGGAAAGUCUUUCCUUGUGAGACCCCAUCAGUAAGUGUGGAACGUCAAAUCGAUGAGCGAUUCACCAGAGUACUAAUUUGA